AUGUUGGAGUUGGCGUCGCCCUCCAAGCCGGCCAAGAGGACCCAGAAACACCCCAGUGUGUACGCGUGCCAUCUCUGUGAUAAGCGGUUCACCCGUCCCUACAACUUGAAGUCCCACUUGCGAACGCACACCGAUGAAAGACCGUUCAUAUGUAAUGCAUGUGGAAAGGCGUUCGCCAGACAGCACGAUAGAAAGAGACACGAGGAGCUCCACACGGGAGAGAAGAAGUUCCAAUGUAAGGGCUUUUUGAAGGACGGGAGUCCCUACGGUUGUGGCCGCAAAUUUGCCCGAGCAGAUGCUUUGAGAAGACACUUCCAAACUGAGAACGGGAAAGCAUGUAUCCGGUUACUUAUUGAAGAAGAAGAGUUGGAGAGACAGAAGAACGGAGGUACUGGCCCGCCAAUCACGGCUGCAUCCGUCAAGCUUGAAAACGAGUUUGGCGAUGACGCAAUGUCCGCCAGUACCAACUCGAAUGAGUACUUGACUCCGAAUGGAGUCUCCAUGACCUCCAUUCCCCAAGUGGCCAUUUCCCCUCCAGACUGA